AUGCGCCUCCCAGCUAUUCCCAAAGAUGCCACUGACAUAACAACAACGAUGUCCAAGUCUGGUGUUACUUUGCAUGACGAUGCUUUGACUGCGUUCAACAAUUUCAAGUUGGGUGGCAGAAAGGCCGAGACCAACUAUGUCAUUUACGUUUUGUCCGACGACAAGACUCAGAUUGUGGUUGAGAAGAAAGGCUUGGCUUCUUCUUAUGACGAAUUUGUUAACGAGCUGCCUGAGAAUGACUGCCGCUACGCCGUUUAUGACUUCGAGUUCGAGUUGCCCAACAACGAGGGUAAGCGCAACAAGAUUGUUUUCUACACCUGGUCCCCCGACUCCUCGCCCUUGCGCUCUAAAAUGAUCUACGCUUCUUCUAAGGACGCUCUCCGCCGCGCCCUCAACGGUGUUGCUGUCGAUGUCCAGGGAACCGAUUUCUCGGAGGUUGACUACGAUUCCGUUCUCGAGCGGGUUUCUCGCGGUGCUUUCCGUUAA